AUGAUGGAGUUUGGACACUUCAUACUUGUCAUUGUAAAAUUGGAUCGCCGUGUUGCUAAUGAUGGCGAUUGUAACUUCGAGAAGCCGCUGGCAGCGUGUGGAUACAGCCAAGGCCGAGACGAUGACCUUGACUGGGAGCAGGUCAAUACCAGAGAGAAGACUUCAUCAGAACCAUGGAUGCCCUCAGGGCCUGGGUUUGUGAUGGUGAACACAUCGGGACGCUUUGCGGGGCAGAAGGCUUUACUGCUGACACCUCAGCUGAAGGAGAACGACACGCACUGCGUUAUUUUCCAUUACUACAUCGGCGGAAGAGACAACAGCCACCCGGGUCACCUGAAUGUUUACAUCAAAGAGAACAACAGUCCCAUGGGGAUGCCUGUGUGGAACGUUUCAGGUCCAGCCUCCCGCUCCUGGGGGCAGGUUGAGCUGGCCAUCAGCACCUAUUGGCCCAACUUCUACCAGAUUGUGUUUGAAGUCAUAACCUCGGGGCAGCGUGGCUUGCUGGCCAUCAAAGACGUUGUGGUCCAAGGCCACCAGUGCAUGAAUACGCCACACUUUCUGACUAUAAAGGGAGUGGAGGUCAACGCUGGGCAGACGGCAUCUUUUCAUUGUACUGUCAACGGACGCAAGAGAGACAACUUUCGUUUGUGGCUCCAGGGCAUCGGUGGACGGGAGGCCCCGAUGAAAACCACUAAACCUUGGAACAACCGUCGCUUCAUAGGCACUUUCGACGUGGAGAACACAACCAAGGGCGACUCGGGCCGCUACCGCUGCAUUGUCCACUCGGACAAAGGAGUUGGAGUGUCCAAUUAUGGAGAACUCACCAUAAAACAGCCUCCAGUUCCUAUUGCACCCCCACAGCUGACUGCUGUCGGAGCAACCUACCUUUGGAUCCAGCUGAACGCCAACUCCAUUAAUGGGGAUGGACCAAUCAUUGACCGACAGGUGGAGUACCGUACGGUAUCGGGGACCAUGUAUGACCUGCAGCCCGUAGACAAGACCACACACAAGAUCGGCCACCUGGAUCCAGACACCGAGUACGAGAUCAGUGUUCUGCUGACCAGACCUCUGGAGGGAGGGACCGGAGCUCCUGGCCCCCCUCUGAGAGCCAGAACCAAGUGUGCAGAGCCCAUGCAUGGCCCACGACGGCUAGAAGUCGUUGACAUCCAGUCCAAGCAGGUGACCAUACGCUGGGAGCCGCUGGGCUACAAUGUGACUCGGUGCCACAGCUACAACCUGACCGUCCAGUACCGCUCCAGGGUGGCUGGAAAGGAGGAGACCCGGGAGGAGGUGUGUUAUGUUGCUCAGAGCCGUGAUCCUCAGCACACCAUUCUCAACCUGACACCCUUCACAAACCUCAGUGUCAAGUUGGUUCUACGCAACCAAGAGGGGGUCAAAGAGAGCACUGAGCUGGAGGUCCAGACUGAUGAGGACGUCCCGGGAGCUGUUCCACUGGAGUCCAUUCAAGGCAGUCCCUACGAGGAGAAGAUCAUCCUGAAGUGGAGAGAACCAGAGCAGACGUUCGGGAUCAUCACUCAGUACAAGAUCUCCUACAAGGCGGUGAGCUCCUUUGACCCCGAGCUGGACCUAUCCAACCAGAGCGGGAAGGCAGUGAAGCUGGGCAACGAGACCACCCACAUGUUCACAGGCCUCUACCCGGGCUCCACGUACUCCUUUACCCUGCGUGCCAGCACAGCCAAGGGCUAUGGCCCCCCUGUCAUAACCCAGUUCACUACCAAGAUUUCAGCUCCCUCCAUGCCAGCCUACGACCACGAGACCUCUCUGAACCAGACCGACAGCACGGUCACUGUUCUCCUUAAGCCCGCCCAGAGCCGAGGAGCUCCCGUCAGUGCGUACCAGGUGGUGGUGGAGGAGGAACGUCCACGCAGAGCGAGGGGCACGGCGGAGAUCUUGCGCUGCUACCCGGUUCCCAUUCACUUCCAGAACGCCACGCUGUUGAACUCUCAGUACUACUUCACGGCUCAGUUCCCCGCCGGCGGCAUCCACUCGCCCCAGCCCUUCACUGUGGGUGACAACAAGACCUACAACGGUUUCUGGAAUGCCCCUCUGCUGCCACAGAAGAGCUACAGCAUCUAUUACCAGGCUGUCAGCACAGCCAAUGGGGAAACUAAAAUCGACUGCGUUCGAGUUGCCACCAAAGCCGCCAUACUCGUGACUCAGCUUACAACCCCCUACAUCCGCAUGGCCCCGGCAGCCGGUGACAACCAACUAACAGGAGCAGCCACUCAUAAACCUGACGCAGUGGAGCCGGAGAAGCAAACAGACCACACUGUAAAGAUCGCAGGGGUCAUCGCUGGCAUCCUCCUCUUCGUCAUCAUCUUCUUAGGAGUGGUGCUCCUCAUGAAGAAAAGAAGAACCUAUCACUCCUACACUUACUACCUGAAAUUGGCCAAGAAGCGCAAAGAGACGCUGAACAGCACCCGCCAAGAGAUGACGGUGAUGGUCAACUCCAUGGACAAGAGCUACACGGAGCAGGGGACCAACUGUGACGAGGCGCUGUCCUUCAUGGACACGCACAACCACACGCUGAACACACGCAGCGAGUGCGCGCUGACGUUGAACACGCGCAGCGAGUGCGCGCUCACGCUCAACGGCCGCAGCGAGUGCACCCUCACCGUCAACGGGCGAGUUGGAUCAUCACCCUCCUCCUUCACGCUGCCAAAAGGCAACACUCUGACCUCAUCCAUCCCCACCAACUCCUACUACCCAGAUCCCUUUGUGCCGACUGCCAUCUUAGAUGAGAGCCAGAACAUGAGCAGUGACACGAGCAGCCUGGUGCAGUCGCACACUCACUCGCUGAGGAAGCGGGAGCCCGUGGACGUGCCGUACCAGACGGGCCAGCUGCACCCAGCGAUCCGCGUGGCCGACCUCCUCCAGCACAUCACCCAGAUGAAGUGCGCCGAGGGCUACGGCUUCAAGGAGGAGUACGAGAUAAACGAGAGCUUUUUUGAAGGACAAUCUGCCCCUUGGGACUCAGCCAAAAAGGAUGAGAACCGCAUGAAGAACCGAUAUGGGAAUAUUAUUGCAUAUGAUCACUCCCGUGUCAGGCUGCAGACCCUGGAGGGGGAACAGAGCUCCGAUUACAUUAAUGCAAAUUACGUUGAUGGCUACCACAGACCAAAUCACUACAUCGCCACUCAGGGGCCCAUGCAGGAGACAGUGUUCGACUUCUGGAGGAUGGUGUGGCAGGAGAAUACAGCCGCUAUCGUCAUGGUGACCAACCUGGUGGAAGUGGGCAGGGUGAAGUGCUGCAAGUACUGGCCCGAUGACACGGAGAUCUACAGAGACAUCAAGGUGACGCUGAUAGAGACCGAGCUCCUGUCGGAGUAUGUCAUCAGAACCUUUGCUGUGGAGAAGUGUAGCCUCCAUAAAGAAGAGUUUUCCAUCAGACGCAGGCCAGAGGACGCAAACUCUAUUAGAAACAGUUCAGCAUCGUGUUUUUUUCUGCUCUUCCUCCUCCAGAGUUACAAGCAACCCUCUGCAUUCAUAGUGACCCAACACCCACUGCCAAACACAGUGAAGGACUUUUGGAGAUUGGUGCUGGACUACCACUGCACAUCCAUAGUGAUGCUUAAUGAUGUGGACCCGGCUCAGCUGUGUCCGCAGUACUGGCCAGAAAACGGAGUCCACCGCCACGGGCCCAUCCAGGUGGAGUUUGUCUCUGCCGACCUGGAGGAGGACAUCAUCAGCAGAAUAUUUCGGAUCUACAACGCCGCUCGGCCUCAAGACGGUUACCGGAUGGUGCAGCAGUUCCAGUUCCUGGGCUGGCCCAUGUACAGAGACACGCCCAUGUCCAAGCGCUCCUUCCUCAAGCUCAUCCGACAGGUGGACAAGUGGCAGGAGGAGUACGACGGUGGCGAGGGACGCACCGUGGUGCACUGUCUGAACGGAGGCGGGCGCAGCGGGACGUUCUGCGCCAUCAGCAUCGUGUGUGAGAUGCUUCAGCACCAGCACUCUGUGGAUGUUUUUCAUGCAGUCAAGACGCUGAGGAACAACAAACCCAACAUGGUGGACCUGCUGGACCAGUACAAGUUCUGCUACGAAGUGGCUCUGGAGUACUUGAACUCUGGGUAACGCGGAGCUCCUGCAGGAAGGACGAGCGUGGGGACGGUACAAAGGACUGCAGCUCACAUGGGUGCAUUAUGUUAAAAUGACUGAGUGUUACCGAGCCGACAGGA